AUGAAUACACCAUCUAAGACUAGAUUUGAAAUGACUCAGACUCAAACGAAUACAGAUGAUUCAAUGAUACUUACCCCAUUCAGGGGUCGAGCUAUAGAAGAAAACAGACUGCGACAAGCCUUUAGAAUGAGUGUGACUCCCGGUUUGAAAAGGAGAUUACAGGCUCAAAGAAGCCAUUCUUCUUGGCGUAGUAAUCCUAAUGAAUUAAGGUUAUUUAUUAGUGACAUGAGUGAAAGUAGAUAUUCAAACAGUGGGAAAAAUCUUAUGGGACAAUUACAAAUGGCAUCUGGUGAAGAUAGCGAACUUCAACAGAUUAUUCCAUAUUCGGAACAUGAUCUAUCGAAAUCCAACAUUGAACAACCUAUUGCAACACCAAGAAAGAACUUCGAAGAUAGUAGCCCUACAAUAUCAAGUAAAAGUGAUUUACCUACAGAAACAAAAGGAGAUUCGAAUAAAGAAUAUGGAAAUACAACAAAUAAGAAUACUAAGAACCCACCUAAACGUUUAUCAGACUUGAUCUUUUCACAGUUGAAAGUAAUUCCACGAGAAGUAAAGAUACGUAAAUUAGAACCAUUGAAAAUUCAGGAUGUUGGUUUAAAACCUUUGACAGAUGUUGAUGACAACAACAUCAACAACAACAACAAUAAUAAUACAGGGUUCAUCUUUAAUAACGAUUCUCUUCCGGUUGGACUGCCACGUACUCCCCCAACAGUCAAACCUAUAUAUACAGAUGACAAUAUUUUACUUCCAAUAAGUGAUCAUAACGAUAAUAAUACUGUUGAUAAUGCUGCUGCUCCUAUGGAUAUAGACAAUGUUGGAAUGGAGAAUUUCGAAGAAGAUAACGGCCAGAAUACGAAUAACUAUGAUAAGGAUCCAGACAUAAUCGACCAUGAAUACGAAAGAAGCUUUGCUUUUGGUCAAACAACGCCACACACUGACAAUGAAGAAGCUGAACUACUUGCAUAUUCAGAUGCAGACAAAAGUAAUAGUCAUGGUAGUAUUGAUAUCAAGAACAAUGGUAGUGAAACCAUUGAUAUGGUCACUAAAAUACGGCAUUUGUUGAUCCGACCAGAUGGGACAUUUGAGACAGAUUUCGAUAAAAUAAUUACAUUUUUAAAUAAUAAUCAGAUGAUAAUGAAUGACUCCAUGCCUUCAAUGAAUGAAAUAUUUGAAAUAUGUUGUCAAUACUUAGAUAUGAGUGAAAUCAAUGAAAUUGAAAGAGUAUGGUUUAUUUAUUAG